AUGACCUUGACUUCAGAAGAAUCAUCCUGGUUUGACCAGGCUCGGUUUAUUCCUCCCGAUGCCAUCUUUGCCCUAACCGCAAAGUAUGUGGCCGACUCAUUCCCACAGAAGGUCAAUCUAGGCCAGGGUACCUAUCGUGAUGCAAACGGUCAACCAUGGGUACUCCCAUCGGUCAACAAAGCGCGUGAGCAAUUAAUGACCAACGGCUUAAACCAUGAAUAUCUGCCCAUUCUGGGCCUGGCCGACUUCCGAAAUGCGACAGCCAAGCUGGUCUUGGGACCUGAGCUAUAUUCUCAGAGACAGAGUCAAGUGGCAACCUGCCAAAGCUUGUCUGGCACUGGUUCUCUGCAUUUGGCGGGUUUGUUACUGCGCGCCUGUCAUGGCCAGCCUAAAGUAUACAUUCCCUCCCCCACCUGGUCCAACCAUCAUCAGGUCUUCGGAUCACUCGGGUUCCCUUGUGAGAGCUUCAAAUACUAUGAUCCAGAGACACGGGAUUUGGACGUGGAAUCAUACUACUCCAUGUUAGAUAAUGCAGAGCCAAACUCAAUCAUUAUCAUCCACGCCUGUGCCCAUAACCCAACCGGUUGCGACCCCAGCAAAGAGCAAUGGAAGGAGAUUGCGAGGCGCAUGAAGGAGCGGCGUCUGUUCCCACUCUUCGACUCUGCCUAUCUUGGGUUCAACUCGGGGAACCUGGAUGAGGAUGCCUAUCCGAUUCGACUGUUCAUUGGGGAGAUGGGCAUGGAAGCCGGUGUGUGUGUCUCAUUUGCGAAGAAUAUGGGUCUUUACGGGGAACGAGUCGGAUGCUUCCUGCUAGCCACUCACACGGAACAAGCGGCCACCAACACGCAAUCCAUGCUGGAGAUGCUCCAGCGAUCCGAAGUGUCCAACCCCCCUGGUUUUGGAGCCAAGAUUGCCAGCCAGGUGUUGAGGUCAGAGGAGCUCAAAAGGAUGUGGUAUACGGAUAUGAUCACCAUGAGCGAUCGCAUCCGAUCCAUGAGAAAGGCCUUGUAUGAUCAUUUACUCGCACUCGAGACGCCUGGAUCCUGGGAUCACUUGAUCCGGCAGUCAGGGAUGUUUGGGUUUCUAGGAUUGUCGGCGGAGGUUGUGGUGCAGCUUCGAGGUAUGUCCGAGUCGCUGGACAUCAAAGUGCCAGUUAGAAAAGAUGAGAAUGCUAAUCCCAGUACUGCAGAGCAAUAUCAUGUUUACAUGGCCGAUAAUUCUCGGGUAUCAAUUGCGGGUCUCAACGAGGGCAAUGUUGAAUAUGUUGCGAGAUCAAUUGCGGAAGUUUUGAAGGCGAAUUAA